AUGCGUUCUUCAUACGUUCUUUCUGCCGCUGCAGCGUUUGCUGUGGUAGGAGCUCAGGAUAUCGACUUUGCUGGGGUCGAUGCCACGCCUGACCCAGUCAUCAACAUCAUUCCUGGCUUGAAGGAGCAGGUGGUUCCAUUCAAGGAGACCGAGGCUAUUGCAGAUGUUGUCUCUCAGGUCACUUCCGAUCCGCUGGAUGUCAAGCCUGUGUCUGAGCCUUCAGCUGUUCCAGAUGUCAAGCGACAUCUGAAACGUGCAGCAUGUGACCCAGAGCCCAGCAACCCCAACACUUACGGGAUUGAUCUAUCGUCUGCCAGCAAGUUCCGCGCUGACAUUAAGCUUGCCUCUCUUGCUAAGGGUGCUUCCACACCUUCCGGAUACUUCAACACCUUCACGAACUUGCAAGGUGCCAGCAGUGCUUAUGGGUACAUGGGGUACAAAGUGGUAGAAAGCUACGACCCAUCUCUUUGCGCAUCCGAGUGUGACUCGAAGUCUGGAUGUCUCAGCUUCAACAUUUAUGUGGAGCGCGACCCUUCGGCGAACCCGGGACCUGACUGCCAGGACCCCGAAGCUGUCGCCAAUAUCAAGUGCUCUUUCUGGGGUGGGCCGGUCUACACCGACACGGCGACCAACACUGGACAAUGGCGAGAGAAGUUCGAAGUCGCCAUUGCUGGAAGUAAUGGAUACUCGUCUCUUACAACACAAUCCGCCGAAGGUUACAAGCAAGUUGAGCUUAAGAACAGUGCCAUCAACUCACCCCUCGACUGCAACAAGCAGGGAUCAUACAUGGGCUACAAGCUGUUCGUUCAGAAUGCAUUUGAUGCCAAGCUCUGUGCGACUGCUUGCAAGGAAACCAACAAGUGGGCACUGGAACAUCCCCCUGCCGAAGGCAAGCCCCAACUCUGCCGCUACUUCAACACCUACAUUCUGCUCAAAAACGGUGUUUCCCAGGGUCAAUACUGCUCCAUGUACACCCAGGAGUGGGACGCUUCCUUCGCCACAAAUGACGGACAAUACCGCGGCGAUGACCACUAUACUAUCCAGUACAGCUUUGGCUUCACUGACGAGAGUGAUGACGGUGUGCCUGUAUGCCCCAAUGACAUCUCAUACCUCAAGUCAAGCGGCCAGGAGUUCUGCAGCAGCUACAUUAGUUAUGAGCAGCCGACCACAACUGCGACCGCAACCGCUACUACGACGCCAGCCGCUUUGACGAACACAAUCACAAGGACAUCGACUUCCUACACUACUGACACUACUGGGAUCACGACUGUCACUGCUGCCAAAUUCGCCGGGAGACAUGCUCGACGUGCGGACAAUGGCACAGAAGUGUCUCACGAUAUCAUUGUUGACCCUUACGAGAUCUCCAUCGUGGCUGUUCAAACCAUUUCUCCCGAGGACGCAGGUAUGCCAAAGCUCAACGACACUAUGGCAGCGGAGCUCAAUGGCGGCGCCAUCGAAAAACGUGACCUCGCGACUCCAGCCUCUAUCGCAGCCUGGCCCACCAGCAAAAUCUCCGCAGCUUGCUCCCAGGUCGCUACCGGAACUGCUACAAGGACCGCAACCAUAACUGCGACCGCGCCCACCCCACUCGCGACUGAGACAAAAGACUCCUUCCAGACUGUGGUUGUCGCUCAGAGCACUUGCAUGUUACACGGGGUCAGGCUAUACUUCUCUAGGCUCGGUCCGUACUAA